AGAGCACCCAGCAGGCCAGGGCCAGCCGGCCAAAACACAGAAAAGCUAAACCCGACCUCCGCUCGCCGGCGCCCGGCAGGAUGGCUUCGUCGGCGGCGUACCCUGAUGCGGACGAGAACCUGGAGGCCAUCAUCACCCGCAUAGAGCAGAAGUCCCGAAAGAUCGAGACCCUUCUCAAGCAGUCGAAGCCGGUGGAGGCCCUAAAGACGGCGCUCGAGGGGUCACCGCUCAAGACCCGCGACGAGCGAUGCAAGUCGGCGAACUGGAUCGUGGUGCACCGCGCGUUGAUGGCGAUUAGGGACGUAGACGGCAUGUUCAACUCCCUGGAUCCCGAGUACUACGACAUCCUCAUGAAGUACCUUUAUAGAGGUUUAUCUACAGGGGAUAGGCCAACAUGUGACCAGUGCCUCAAAAUUCAUGAAAAACUGACUGAGAAGGCAGGCCUAGGCUGUAUAUUGCGAUCCCUUGCUGAUACUGUAAACACUGUAUGAACUUUGUCUCUGCUGCUGAUGGUGGAUAUUGCAAAGUUCUCUCCUGCUCUUUACAAUCACAUCAGGCAAACUACCUGUAGUUGUUAACUAGUUUUGCAUUGUGUCUUUCUUUGCCAUUAGGCAAUUUUAGUUAGCGUAUCAUUGUACCUUACUAGAAUGGCCGAACAAAAUGUGUAUUAUGUUGAUUUUCAAGUCUUUGUAUUAGGGGUGACACCGGACUCUAAAUUGUACUCUAUAAAAUUUAAGGAUGGGAUUAUGGGCUCUA